CAGGUGACCGCAACACUGUUCAAAAAAGGCGCACUGAAAAACAACGGCAAUGAAAAGUCAAAGCUUGACCAGCAGACAUUAGGAUCUGGGGAGAGAGACCGCAAGGCUAUCGAUUUUAAGGCGCAUCAAGUCAAAUCAGAUAUCUUCCUGCACCUUGAGAGCUAACGACAAAGGGCGACAAAAUUCCCCAUCGACAUGGCCUAUGAUGCUAGUCAUAUGUUGGAGGCAGCGCUAGAGCAAAUGGAUGACAUUAUCGCUGGCUCCAGGGCGCUGGUUCCCCUGGGGGAGUUCAGCACUGCUCUGGUGGAGCUGCCGGGGGCCUCCGUGGCCUUCUCUGCCCGUCUGCGAGUGCUCCAGCUGGCCGAGGAGCUGCGGGACGUGCUGGAGGUGCAGUACAGCCCGGAGGAGGCCGCCGCGCUGAGGAGGCAGAUCCCGGCCGACACGGCGCGCGCCUUGCUGCGGUGGCUCGGCCGUGGACUGGUUGUGAACCUGCAGUCAUUGGGGAACAAUGAGAACUAUCAAGAACGCCUGACUCGAUUAGAAGGGGACAAAGAGUCACUCGUUCUCCAGGUGAGUGUGUUGACUGACCAAGUGGAAGCCCAGGGGGAGAAGAUUCGGGACCUGGAGAGCUCCCUGGAGGAGCACCAACACAAGCUCGACAACACAGAGGAGAUGUUGCAACAGGAGCUCUUGAGCAGGACCUCUUUGGAGACCCAGAAAUUGGAUCUGAUGGAUGAGGUGUCCUACCUGAAACUGAAGCUUGCCGGAAUGGAGAAACAGAACCACAGUGUAGAACGUCAACACAAAGCUGAGAGUGUAGUGAAUCUGAUUAGUGAGCUCCAGGAGCAGAUGUGUAGGAUCCAGCAGGAGCUCACCAGUAAAGCGAGAGGGAAAAAAGAACCCGUGGCUGAGAGGCAGGCCGGGGAGGGCCAUGGCAGCGGCAGCGGCGGCGGCGGCGGUAUCCCAGCCGAGGCCCCUGCCGGUGGGGCGGAGGAGGAGACCAGCAGUGCCAGCGUGGCUCCCGGCAGCCCCGGAGCUCCUGAACCGGAGCAGAGCUGCCGCUGUGGAAAAGAGAGUGGCCUGCUGCACGAGCUGAGGCUUCUGAAGGACAAGGUGGACGAACUGGAGGACGAGAAGCUCCAGUAUGAGAGGAAGCUCAAAGCUACGAAGGUGGAGAUCUCCAACCUCCAGCAGCUCCUCAUGGCCAAGAACACUGAGAUCGAGACCCUGCAGGCUCAGCUGCUGGCCAGAUCCCCCGUGUCCGUGGACAGCGCGGAGAGAGAGGAAAUAUACAGGAGAAGACUCAACAACAAACAUCAGGAGUUGCAGCGGUUAAGAUCAGGAAUGGAGUCACUGCUUGCAGCUAACGAUGAAAAGGAUAGGCGAAUUGAGGAGCUUACCAUCCUGUUGAGCCAGUGCAGACAGUUCCGAGACACUUCAGCCAAUGUUCCAGUCUCCAGAGAGCGAGCGCUGACCGGCUGCAGUGAGGACGGACGCAUGAACGGGGAUGUGAGGAUGAGGGCGCUCUCCCUGAAAACCCACUCAGAGUCCUCCAGCGGCUCCUCCCCCAUCCUCACGUCUCCUCUGGCCAAUCAAAGAGAGGCUGAAUCCAGGUCUCAACCAAGACUGAUGUCGUCCAGUAUGGAAGAUUUGCAGAGCGGGCUUGUGAAGGUACAAGUAGCUGGAGCAUCAGUAGAGCCUGUAGUGUCAGCAGAGGUUCGACCAGCAGACAACAAGAGCCAGACGUUGCCGGGGAAACUGUCUCUGGUGGAGCAGAGCAGAGAGAGUGAGGGCAGUGACACUUCAGCUCAGAAGUCACCGGAAGAGAGCGAGGAUGGAGACUUCAGCCUAAGGAAAGGUGAGAAGAUGGAGGACACGACGUCCUCGGACGUCUCGCCCAUGUCCUCGGGGGCAGACUCGGGACAGCAGUCCCCCGUGUCCCAGGAAAAUGUCAAGAACACCAAAAGUAUCCGGAAAAUAUGGGGAAAAAUCAGGAGGACACAGUCGGGAGGACUGAACGGGGUUGACCUGGAGCCGUCAGAGUUCCGCAGGGGAGGACUACGAGCCACGGCUGGCCCCCGUCUGGCCCGCACUCCUGACUCAGGCAGCUCAGUCCGGGACAAAAACACACCCUUCGCGAAGUGGACCAAAGAGCAAGUGUGUGGUUGGCUGGAGGAGUAUGGUCUCGGCCACUAUGUGAACCUCACCAGGCAGUGGGUAGAGAGUGGACAGACCCUCCUCUCCGCGACACCUCAGGACAUGGAGAAGGAGAUGGGCAUUAAGCACCCUCUGCACAGGAAGAAGCUCCAGCUGGCCAUACGGUCGUUCAGCAACAAGACCAUGGAGAAGUCGUCCGAGCUGGACCAUAUCUGGGUCACACGCUGGCUGGAUGACAUUGGCUUGCCUCAGUACAAAGACCAGUUCCAUGAAGCUCGCGUGGACGGCAGGAUGCUUCAGUACCUGACAGUGAACGACCUUCUGUUCCUGAAAGUCACUAGUCAGCUUCAUCACCUCAGCAUCAAGUGUGCCAUCCACGUGCUCCAUGUCAACAAGUUCAACCCCCACUGCCUGAGGCGCAGGCCGGGCGACGAGAGCAAGGCCUCUCCCUCGGAGGUGGUGCAGUGGUCCAACCACCGUGUGAUGGAGUGGCUGCGCUCAGUGGACCUGGCUGAAUACGCCCCCAAUCUGAGGGGCAGUGGUGUCCACGGAGGCCUCAUUAUCCUGGAGCCGCGCUUCAGCUCGGACACCUUGGCCAUGCUGCUCAACAUCCCGCCGCAGAAGACGCUGCUGAGGCGCCACCUCGCCACCAACUUCUCCGCCCUGGUGGGCGCCCAGGCUCAGCAGGAGAAGAGGGAGUACGCCAACGCCACAGGGCACACGCCUCUCACCACCACAGCCAAAGUCAGGCCAAAGAAGCUGGGUUUCACGCACUUCAGUCACCUGCGUAAGAGGCGACAGGACGACUCGGCGGACUACAUCUGCCCCAUAGACACCAGCUCCCCCUCCUCCCUCAACGGCUCCCCCCACAGGCCGUACGCCGGCCUCAGGGGUCUCAGCCCGGUGCUGGACAGAGACUCGGACCGGAUGGAGCAGGAGUGCACUGAAGAAAUCAGUUCAAUCAGUUUAGCAGAGGAUGAGGAGGCGAAGUGUAGAGAAACAAGACUGUGAUCCAUGUGGGACCCUGGAGCAGACAAAGCUUGAAUCAGAAGGUAUAUUCAUGGAGCGACUGCUCCAUUACCGUAACACCAAAUAAGAAAGAGAUCAAUUGGAAAACUGAUUAGCAAUAACCAACCUCCUCUGAUACAGUGAUGAAGACCACUUUGUGUAUUUGUCAUUUGUACCACUCUGCAUUGCUGCCCUCUGCUGUCCAAUAAAAGAAUUGCAUUAUAGUGUUUACACAGAAUGAACCCAUGCAUGUGAAGCAUACUGAAAUAAUAAUAAUGAUUAUACAUGUCGGAAAAAGAUCAUACAGUCCUUGUCAAAAAGUCAUACAUCGGACAUAAACCCAUCACUUCAUUACAAUUGACUUUUUUUGUCCAUUCAACUAUCCAGCCGUCAGUGCCAAAGACUCAAUGUUUCCAGUGAAGACUAUUCAUUUGUUUUGACAUGGCCAUAAAUUUGUGUUAUAGGAAUAGAUAAAAAGAUUAGUCCGUUUAAGCCACUGAGAACAAGAGCAGUGUCCUGCUCAUAUGUAGGCUGGCUGCAUAUAAGAACUCUGGUGUUAGCCUUGAGAGUUGGUGCAAGUGUUCGCUCUUGAAUUUCCCACCUAAUUUCCAUGAAAUUUGAUAAGGUUGGUUCUACAGUUUAUGUUAAGCUAACCCUUUUCAUGUAAAUUACUGUUAAAAUGAGGACUGAAUAAAUAUCCUCUUAAAAGAGCUAUGCAUGUUUGAGGUAUUUGAAAAAU